UGUGUUCAGAUUUACUUACUUUACAUUAUGAAGCCUCACGCCAGCACUGAAAACAUUGUUCUAGUAAAUAAAUACACUAAAUGUACAGUUGGUGGGUUUUAACUUCCUCCUGUGUGUACAAACAUUUACAUGAAUCAUGUCUGAUAUAAACAUGCUGCAUGUUCACCCCCCCCGGGGGUCAGCCAGGGAUCGUCUGGCACCGCGGUGCAGACUAAUCACAGGUUUGUUGUUGAGCAUGUUGUUGUGACAGUAUAAACAGAUUGUUGUGUUACAAACUGACUGAGUGUCAGACCACAGUGGAGCUGAGGGGCUCCACAAGCUGCAGACUGAACCCAUCUGUCCCCUCAGACAUCGAUCACAGUUUGACUGAGACUAAUAUCAACACCAGUCAGCUGCCAGAACUGGAAAACACGUCACGGGUGUCGCAAGUGUGUCUACAGGGCAGACAGGUGGACCCAAACGUAGACUUGGCAGACAGAAAUGUUAAAUGAGGGCGGCUUUAAUGCUCAAAACACAGAAAAAACAGGCUUACAGGUCAUAACGAGAAUCAGGCAAACAAGUCCAAAAGAAGCAAGCCGGUCAAAAUCAGUCCAAACAGGAACAGACAGGAACAGGAUCAAGCAAAAUCAGUAUCAGGCUGACCAGUACGUGAGAGUCCUUAAAAGCAAGUAUGACAAACUGGCAGGGAAUGGAUGAUUGAGACCAAGUAUAAGUACUGAGUAGCUGAAGCAGGUGAGCAGGUGUGUAUAGCGAGCAGGAAAGAAAGUCCGGGGGCACCUGGUGGUCAGGUGGAAAAACUGCAAAGACCAAGGGGAUGGAGGGAUGGAGGGAUGUGGGAAUUACAGCAAGAUAAAAGCUCAAUUUUCCAUUGUUAGAUGCUGUAACUGAUGCAUCAUCUAUUGUUUGUCAAGGUCUUUAACACAGAAAGUUAUUACAAUACGUUUCCACAUACAGCAGGCGGAGCUUUUGAGCAGUUGCUGGGUGAUGAUGUUUGGAUAGAACAAAGAUUAUGCACCAGAAGAUUAUUAAAUUUCCGCUGUUGAAGGCAGAUAGCAGAUAUUGUGAUCUGAUCAGUCUGCUUUCAGGAGUCAAAGCAUGCUGACAGUGUGCUGGAGUAUCAGACAGGACGGCCGCACAGUGAUGGAGGUCCUGAUAUAUCAAGUUUGACAGAGCACCUGUAAGAGUCCGUCACCGGUGUGAGCGGCCACUAUGCUGACCUGUCACCUGUUGCUGUGUGUCUACAUCGUCACCUUCCUGAUGGGGGUCCCUGCCAACAUCCUGGCAUUCUGGACCUUCUGCCUCAAGGUGCGACGCAAGGCCACCCCGAUAGACAUCCUGCUGCUCAACCUCACCAUCUCCGACCUCAUCUUCCUGGCUCUCCUGCCCUUCAAAAUGAAAGAGGCUUUUGACAACAUGGUGUGGCUGCUGCCUUUCCCCCUGUGCCCCUUCACUGGUUUUCUCUUCUACGUCACCAUCUACAACAGCACCCUGCUCCUCACGGCUGUGAGCGUGGAGCGCUACCUGGGGGUCGCCUACCCUCUCAGGUACUCCGUGUAUCGCAGGCCUCGCUACGCCGCGGUGGCCAGCGUCAUCUUCUGGGCGGUGACCUCUCUGAACCUCAGCGUGGUCUACAUCAUGCCCUACGCUCAGUGGAGAAAUGUUGCAGGCAGUGACAACAACAGCUCCGCGCUGCCUCCAACCACCUGCUACCUGAAUUUCACCACGGAGGAGCUCAACAUCCUGCUGCCGUUCCGCCUGGAGCUCUUCCUGGUCCUCUUCUGCAUCCCCUUCUUCAUCUGCUGCUUCUGCUACGUCAACUUCAUCCUCAUCCUGUCACGUCUCCCAAACAUCAGCAGGCGCCGGAGGCUGCGAGCCAUCGGCUUGGCCCUCGGUACCCUGAUAGUGUUCGCCGUCUGCUUCGGGCCCUAUAACGUCUCUCACCUGGUUGGGUAUGUGCGUAGUGACAGUGAGCAGUGGAGGGACGUGGCGUUGCUCUCCAGCACCUUCAACGCCUGCCUGGACCCCUUUAUCUUCUACUUCUCCUCUGCGGCGGUCAGGAGCAUGUUGAGUCGCUGCGUCAGGAACAUCAUGGCAAAGCUGCACAUCCUGAGGUGUGGAGGGGCUCCUCACUGACUUCACAAGAGACCCUCCAAGACUGAAAACUGCAGGAAAGUAGCACCUCUUUGUGUGUUUUUGUUUAGUAUGUGUUGCUUAUUUUAUGCAAAAAAAUUGUGGACAAAUGUUACUGCAGUCCAACCAAUGAAAGAAGCUCUGGCAAUAUUUUAAUUGUGGCUGGCAGAUAAGAUUGUGUCCUAACUUUAAUAGAAAAGAGGUGAUGCUUUGCCAUAAAACACUUAAACGCCCUGAAAAAAUUGUUUCCCAAUGAGCUUCUUACUAUAAGUGAUUAUAUAUGAUAUAUGAACGUGCUAUUUUCAACCACAUGUUAAACCAGUUGUGGUUGUUGUUCGCUUAUGUUGUCAGCAGUCAGUUAAAGGACCAGUGUGUAAGAUUUAGUGGCAUCUAGUGGUGAGGUUGCAGAUUGCAACCAACUGAAUACUCUGCCUCCUCCCAAGCAUAUAGGAGAACCUACGGUGGCCAUGAAACUCGCAAAAAAACACGAAAGGCCCUCUCUAAAGCCAGUGUUUGGUUUGUCAGUUCUGGGCUACUGUAGAAACAUAGCGGUGCAAGAUGGUGGGCUCCGUAGAAGAGGAUCCGCUCCCUGUGUAGAUAUAAAGGGCUCAUUCUAUGGUAACAAAAACACAACAAUUCUUAU